GUCAAAUCUGCCAAGAGAACCUACAUAGUUUGAGUUAUUGAUGCCCAAACAAAACUUCUUGAUUCUAAUAUCUAAACACAAUCUUUUUUUUCUGAUCUUGAGAGAAUGAUGCUCAAUACUUUAUUUUUACCAAUCUUCUUGUUUUUCCUCAUAACCUUUGAUUAUGUUUCUACACAAACCUGCUUCAAUGGAUACUUUAAACCAAAUGGUACUUACGACUUAAACCGUCGUCGGAUCCUCUCUUCUCUUGCUUCCAAAGUCACAGCUCACAACGGCUUCUACAGCUCCACCAUCGGCCAAAAUCCUAACCAAAUGUUCAUCAUUAGCAUGUGCAUCCCUGGAACUAAACCAGAGAGAUGUUCAGAUUGCAUCAAAGGCUCAACAGACGGCUUGUUACGAAGCUGUCCUAACCAAACAGUUGGUUAUGUAUGGCCAGAUUGUUGUAUGGUACGUUAUUCCAACAUUUCCUUCUCUGGAUCACUCAUUAUGGAACCGUCUCAACCAGUGUCUGAUCCCGCACCUAUCGGUGUUGAUUUGACAUUGUUUGAUAGAAUAUGGGACGAGUUAAUGUCUCGUACGAUAACUACAGCUUCGAGGACUCAUGGAUCAUUAUCAUUUGGGCAUAAGUACUAUGCAGCUGAUGUUGCUUCAUUGACAACUUUCCAAACUAUAUACACCAUGGUACAAUGUACACCGGAUGUUUCUUCAGGGGAUUGUGAGUUUUGUUUGAAGAGAACUGUUCUUGAUUACAAGAAAUGUUGUCGCGGUCACAUUGGCGGUGCUUUUGUAAGACCAUUUUGUUUUAUCCGGUGGGAUUUGUAUCCUUUUGCUGGAGCUUUUGAAAAUAUUACGUUGCCAUCGCCUCCACCACCGCUUUCUUUGACUCCUCCCGUAAGCAAUUAAUGGGCUACGACAACCACACAAGUAAUGUGGGACUGCUGAUAUUAUUCAAAACUUAAAUGGGCUCGUUUAUUAAAAGGCCUCUUUCUAUUUCUUCUUCGGCCCAUUAGUAAAAUGUCUCAUUCUGGUUACUAAAAUUACGGUUUGGUAUGGUUGCUCAAUUUGGGCAUUACUUUUUUGUGUUGCCUGGGAAAGUUUGAAAAUUUAGGUUUCGUUGCAUUUUUGUUGUUGUUUGGAAUCUAAUUUGGGAUUCUGAUGUAUGAAUUGAAAACGAUUUUUAUGUAAAUUUUUGUUGUUAUACUCCAAGUUUCUUCUGUUGACUUCAUAACAAUUCAAUUCUCUAACUGUAUGUUUCCGACAACAGUUUCCUCUGUUUUUUUUGUUGGUUUUCAACGAAUCUGAU